ACAGAACUCCCCUGAUGGAGAACAGAGGUACUGUAACAGAACCUCUCUGAUGGAGCUGUAGCGUCCUCUGCUGGUGAGAGAUCACGUGUGUGACCGGAAUUACGUCACACAGGUGGGUGUGUCGCGUCUUGUGAUCUCUGAGGUGAUGAAACAGUUUCUCUUCUUCUCUCCGGUUAACAGAAGAACUUCUCUCCGGUUGUUCCUCUCCAACGUGCCGGUGUUCUCCCGGUAUGUGAGGUCAGCUGGAUGUCAUAGAAACGAGAUUAACGGCCGAACCUUACCUGGAUACACAGCAGGAGACAUGAGACCUCCAGUUCUACUGCUGGCGACGAUCUAUCAAAGACCAGACCUCCCUGAUCCUGGACCUGGAUGGGGACCUGGACCUGAUCCUGAUCCUGAUCCUGAUCCUGAUCCUGAUCCUGAUCCUGAUCCUGAUCCUGAUCCUGGACCCGGAGCCAGCUGUGUGUCCUUAAAGAGCAACCAGUCAAAGGGGGAACCUCUGGCGUUUAAAGAUGGAUUCUUCAGUCCUGAACCGAGGAUCCAUCAGAAACCAGAGCUACCUGGACCUGGACCUGGACCUGGACCUGGACCCAGCUGUGUGUCCUUAAAGAGCAACCAGUCAAAGGGGGAACCUCUGGCGUUUAAAGAUGGAUUCUUCAGUCCUGAACCGAGGAUCCAUCAGAGACCAGAGCUACCUGAACCUGAACCUGAACCUGGACCUGGACCUGGACCUGGACCUGGACCUGGAUCUGGACCCAGCUGUGUGUCCUUAAAGAGCAACCAGUCAAAGGGGGAACCUCUGGCGUUUAAAGAUGGCCGCCCCUCAGUCACGCCGAGACUGGACCAGGACCAGGACCAGGAGAGCUCAGAGGGUCCCAGAGGUCCGCCUGCCCAGCAGCAUCAGUCACAUCUGGACUCUGUUAUUAUGGUCUGUACAUACUUUCACACCUGUUCUGUUCACACUCCCCUCCAUCCUGAACCCCUCAGACCAGAUCAGAGUCUGGUGGAGCUGCUCAGAGCUCAGCAGUCUAGUGAUGAAGAGGCCUCAGCUUCUAUUCCUCACCUCAAAGAGCCCAUAGAAUAA